AGAUAUAAAGAGCUAUUAUUACUAGAUUUUCUUGGUCUAUAUCUACACAUUACUUGGAUUAUUCAACAUGCCUUCUGAAACAAUGAACUCCAGAAAUUUUUCUUCAUCAUUGUUUUCCUUUGAAGAUGUUUCUCCUUCCACUAUGAAGCAAGAUGAGUUCUGGAAAUCAGAUAAGCUAUCUAAUUGCUAUGAAAAGAAUAAAAUUGAUGUAAUUUCCACUCAGCAUGAAAGCAACCUCUUCUCUAGUUCUCUGUCAGAGUUGUUUAACAGCAAAUUGAAACUAUCUGCAAAUAGUGUUCUAUAUGGACAUUCAGUUGAUAAUAUUGCACCUCAAUGUGAGGAAGAGAUGGUUUAUGAUUCUCUUGAGGAACUUGAGGCUCAAACUAUUGGGAAUCUUCUCCCUAUCGAUGACGACGAUUUGCUAGCUGGACUGACUGGUGAUCAUGAAAUCUUUGUUAAAGAUAGUUCCGGUGAUGAAUCAGAUGAACAAGAUCUUUUUGCUAGUGUUGGAGGAAUGGAUUUGGGACAUGAUGAUAGUUCAUCUUCUGGACAAAAGAAUUCUGAAUUCCAUGAUGAAGCUUGUAAAGCGAAACUCGAGCUUUAUAACACCUCAGUUGCAAGAGAACACCCUUCUAGAACAUUGUUGGUGAAAAAUGUUGCUAGUGAUGUUGGAGAUUCUGAAUUGAAAGCUCUAUUUGAGCAAUUUGGAGGUAUUCAGAGAGUUUACAAUGCCUGCAAGCAAUGUGGAUUUGUGUUAGCAUCAUAUUAUGAUAUCAGAGCUGCCCAGAAUGCAAUGCAGGCUCACCGGAAUGGAUUUUUCGGCUUCAGGACAUUCAACAUUCAAUAUCUUAUUCCAAAGGAUGAUCCUUCCAUGAAAGAAAUUAAUCAGGGCACUCUUUCUGUCUCUCUAUAUGAUUUAUCCAUUACAAAUAAUGAACUUCGCCUGAUGUUUCGCCCUUUUGGAGAAAUCAAAGAGAUUUUUGAAACACCUCAGAAUCCACAUCACAAGUUGAUUGAAUUUUAUGAUGUGAGAGCUGCAACGGCAGCACUUGAAGCUUUAAACAGAAAUGAUACUGCUAGGAAGAUGCUAAAGGUUGAGCCAAGCCUAAUAGGAUACUCUAAAAGGGUCUCUUCAAGUGUUCCAAAUGGUGUCCUUUGUAAUCCAUCCGAGUUCGCGACGAACAUCAAUAUUGAAAAGCAGGAAAGGCUAGACAGCAAUAGCAGGAAGUUCUGUCAAGCAAACUAUAAUGCAUACCCCAUGGAAUUGAAUGAUUGUGUUUUUGAAUCCUCUACUGCUGAUGGAGGCCUUUCUCUUCCUCGCCAUCGAUACAAAUGGAGCAACUCUUAUCAGCAUGUUGGAAUGACAUGGCCAAAUUCAUCACCCUCAUAUUUUGAUGGAGUUUGUGCAGCUCCUACCUUACCAAGAUUUCAUGGUGUUCAUAGGUCACCACCACAUAUGAUCAGCAAUGUUGUGUCCAUGAAUAACCACCUUGCGCGAUCUGCUCCGGCAGCCAACUAUAACAUUUGGGAUAGACAACAUCCCUAUGCAGGGGAAACACAUUGUUUGGACUUCUAUCCACAAAAUAUGUUUCCAAGCCUUGGGGGAAACUAUGUUGACCUUCAAGUCCUUCCUAUGGAUGUUGGAUUUCCAUUCCAUAACCAUAGGGAAAUGAUGUUUCAUGGAAGACAUAACAUGAUUCCUAUGAUCAAUUCUUUUGGUACUUAUAAAGAUCGCGCUAGAAGCCGGAGACAAGGCAGAUCAACUCCGGUAGACACUAAACAGUAUGAACUUGACAUCGAACGCAUUAAAAAUGGCGAAGAUAACAGGACAACACUUAUGAUAAAGAACAUUCCCAACAAGUAUACUUCAAAGAUGCUAUUAGCUGCAAUUGAUGAGUGCCAUAAAGGAGCUUAUGAUUUUGUUUAUCUACCAAUUGAUUUCAAAAAUAAAUGUAAUAUGGGAUAUGCAUUCAUCAACAUGACUAAUCCAAGCUUGAUCAUACCAUUUUAUCAGGAGUUCAAUGGAAAGAAAUGGGAGAAAUUCAACAGUGAGAAAGUGGCAACACUAGCAUAUGCUCGCAUACAAGGAAAAGCAGCACUCAUAGCUCACUUCCAGAAUUCAAGCUUGAUGAACGAGGACAAGCGCUGCCGGCCGAUCCUCUUCAACACUGAUGGUCCUAAUGCCGGCGACCAGAUCCCUUUUCCGGUAGGCGAAAAUGUUCGAAACAAACCUGUCAAGCUCUCACCUGCUGCAACAUGAAUUUCAUAGUUCAUAGUGCUCAAACUAAGGAAGCAUUUAGUUUUAUUCCACCAUCUCAUUGAUUUUUGUGGAUGCUAACAUUAUAAAACUAAGUGAUUUGAAUUUGGUCUUAUUGUUUGAGUUCCUCAUAUUUGGAUUGCUUGAGAGAGGGGAAAACUCCCUUACCUUAAGCCAAGGAAUUUUUUGUUACUUUUAUACCAAAAUUGUUAAAAUUUAGAAAUAUGAAGAUCAAGAUUGCAUAUAUAGGACUCCUGAAGUUGGAAUAGAAUUGUACUUAUACCAUUUUUUUUUUCAUUUUUCUGUAAAUAAUAUAUUUUGAUUUGUCAAG